AUGGCCCCCCAGCAAGAUGGCGGCACUCCGCCAAGUGCGGGCCGCGACGCCGCCCCGCCACCGGCCGACGCCCCGCCACCGGCCGACGCCCCGCCACGCGUCACCUUCAAGAAGUCCAUCUCGAGCACGGCAUCCGCAUUUAAGGCACGCGCGGCGCGCGGCCGGCGGAAUGCCCGGCAAAAGGACGACCCGGCCGACGACACCCCCGCGGCCCCUUCGGCCCAGGCGGCGGCUGCCGCCCUCGGUGCCGAGUCCGAUGGCGAUGAUGACAUUCUCGCGCCUCGGACCACACAGCGGCCCCGACGCAGUGUCAUCUCCACCCGGGACAUCGCCCCCCGGUAUACCCCGCUGGAGGAGGACCGGGCGCCGAUUGGCGGCGACGACGCGGUCGGCUCGACGUCGGUCCUGCACACGUACUCCGCCUCGAACAUGGCGGCCCCGCUGUCGUUGCAACAGAGCGAGGAGACCCGAUCCAGCGGCCGGGACUAUGACACGGAGACCGAUCGCGACGCCGAGGCCCUGUACCAGCGGCAGCUGCAAAUCACCCGCGAGGCCAUCGAGCGGGGCGAGGUGGACAAUGUCUACCGCGGCCAGUCGGGCAUGAUCAAGUUCGGCCUCGGCCGGGUGGACGCCGAGAGCACCUCCCACGGGGCCAAGUACCGCGUCGGGCCCCAGCGUGCCAAUGCGCACCUGUCGUCCACCGUGCGCUUUGACUAUCAGCCCGAUGUGUGCAAGGACUACAAGGAGACGGGCUACUGUGGCUUUGGCGACAACUGCAUUUUCCUUCACGACCGCAGCAACUACAAGUCCGGCUGGCAGCUGGAGCAAGAGUGGGACCGCGAGCAGAGGAAGAAGCGCGAGGACAUCCUGCGCAACAUCGGCGAGAUGACGGACUAUGAGGCGCGCCGGUAUGACCCGCUGACUGGGACUUCGGUCGGGGCGGCCCCGAAGGCGACGGCCGCCGAGGAGCCCGACGAGGAGGACCCCUUCGCUUGCUUCAUCUGCCGACAGGUGUUCGUGUCCCCGGUGAAGACCCCCUGCGGGCACAUUUUCUGCGAGCGGUGUGCCCUGCGGCGCUUCCGCGGUGGGGACAACACGUGUGCCAUCUGCCAGGCCCCCACCCGGGGGGCUUUCACGGCCGCGCGGAAUCUCCAAUCCCGCGGCCGGCUAGCGGUGGCGAAUGUGGCGGCCCCGGUGGCCUCGGCCGCGGGCCCCCCGGCCCCGGCCCCGGCCCCCGGCCGGGGGUCUGUCAGCACCCCGAUGUCGGUGUACACGUCCCCCGGUGAGGGGACCACUCGGCAGGCGGUCCCCCGCCGGGGCGGGCACUGGGCCCCGCUGCCCGGGGCCAAGUAG